AUAUAUUAUUAUUGUGGUCAAUGGCAACAGGGUCAUUCAUUGUCGAAAUGAUGGUCUCUUGUCUAAUGUGUGGCCGAAUUGGUGUAAAUGUGGGUAAAAUAAGCGCCGCUUUGAAUACAAUAUCCGGCAGUCAUUUGUCGGACUCGGAGUACAAGGAAUUGGUUUUAUUCGGCAAUGCGUUAAGAAAUCCGCCGACCGUUGGCUUCACUAUCGGUGGGUUUGCGGCCAUUAAUAAGUCAACACUUAUUUCCAUUUUUACAUUUGUUCUCAACUACACUGUACUUCUAACUCAAUCAAUUAGAUAAUAAACAAAUCAUAUAUGAUUAUU